AGUUUGUUCUCAAAAGGCGUUAUGAGGCCCGAACUGCUGUAUCUGCUUUUGUGCUUGAUAGUCGUAAAGCCCAUCCACGGAUCCCGCCUGGGAAGACUUGAAGAUGAUGUUAAAAUGCUUAAAAGCCUUAUAUUCAGGGAGUUAUUAUCAAUUCGUGAUGAGGUCAACGAAAUCUCAAACAGAGUCGACAUUUUGGAAAACUUAACGGUUACGUACGACCCAAACAGUCCAAACCAAGACAAUGACAUUACUUCUUACAACCUUGGUGAUACAACUGGAGAAAGUGGCGAGAAACUCAUACGUGCUGGGAAUAAUAUAUUAAGUCAUGUUGUUACAGCAGAGGUUCAAAAUAUGCGAAAGGCUUACGCAAACGACAAAAAAGGAUUAUAUCAACUGAAGAACGAUGUUAAAGGCCAACUGAGAGAGCUUACACAAAAGAUAACUAGCCACAUGAAUAACCUGACUGCAGACGUGCAACACAAUAUCGAGUACAUUCAUGAAAAUAUAUCGAUGGCAAAUGUUACUUUGUCAGAGUUCAUCAAUGAGUCUAUUUCCAACGUAAGCAUGUUUUCGGACACUGUCGAAAAAGAAAUAAAACAGUUGUUUGAAGACACAUGUCAACAGCUUACUUUAAAAUUAAAUGAAACGGAAUCAAAAAUCAAACAAAAUAUUUCUUCCGCAUAUCGCCAGAAUAAAGACAAUCUUGAACGUUUCCUGACAUUUGCUGAUCGUAAUGUUAGUAAAAUGAUGCUUAAAGCAGAAAACCUUGUAAAUGUUAUUAAUACUAACUUUUCGGAAAUGCCAAUUCAAAUCACUAAUUUAUCAUUAGAUUUACAAACAACUAAAAAUGAAAUAAAAGGGGUAGAGGAAAGGCUUGGGAAUAAAUUGGAGUUAACUUCGAGUCAUUUAGGGAAUGAAAUUGUUUUUCUGAAAAGGUUACAUUAUUAUUAUAUCCCAAGUGUAACAGACAUCCGUUUGGCCAACACGUCUUCAUAUGGCUCCAACGGCAUCCAGGGGCGGCUAGAGGUCCGUCACGAUAAUACGUGGGGAACGGUGUGUGACGACAGCUUUGAGCACACUCAAGUAAGUGAACCUUACAUAACAAACAACGUUAACGCUGUGUGUAGGAUGUUCGGGUUCAGGGAAUGUAAUUAUGUAUUGCGAGCGGGUCUGGGCGAGGGCAGUGGGGACAUCUGGAUUGACAAUGUGAAAUGUGGAGGAGGAGAAAGUAGCUUCCUAAAAUGCCCUCACGAGGGGUGGGGUGUUCACAACUGUGUUCAUAGUGAGGACGUAGGGUUCCGUAUGUGGAAUUAAUAUAGUGUCAACAUAAUAGCACCAGCACAGUGACAGGAUCAAUAUGUUGUGUAUUUGCUUCUGGAUUUAGUGACAAUAUAUUAUGAAUUUUCAAUUGGAAUGUUGUUUAAUGCUUAGUUUAGUUUAUAAUAUCAAUUGUUUAUUUGCAAAACAAACGUGCAUUAUGUGUGCGAGGCAGGUCUGGGUGAGGGCAGUGGGGACAUCUGGAUGGACGGUGUGAAAUGUGGAGGAGGAGAAAGCAGUUUCUUAGAUUGUCCUCACCAUGGGUGGGGUGUUCACGACUGUGGUCAUGCCGAGGACGUAGGGUUCCGUAUGUGGAAUUAACAUAGUGUGAACAUUAUAAUACGAUCAAAGAGGUAUAAUUUAUAUUGUGUUUAUAAAAAAUGAUUUUUUCCUUGAUAUUGUGACAAUUGAACAUGCAUUUGUUAUUGAAAUGUUUUGUUGUUAAUUAUGGUUGCUAGAAACUGAAUAGCAAUCCAGCGGAGGCACCAGAAAAUGUCUGUUUAAUAAUCGUCACGUUUCUCUUGAUGGAGAUACAACUAUAACGGUACAAACAAUGUCAAUGACUAUGAUCGUCCUACCAACGAGGAUUAAUGGAGAUUAAACUUUUUUUUAAAUGAAUGUACUAUCGUUUGUUCAAGAACCAUGUAUUUAUGAAACGAAAGACAGCGAAAUAAAUGUCAAGGAGCAUUAUAUAAUUUGAUGACAAGACGCCCACUAUGAAAAACAAUGAAAAGCCAUGAACUAUGCAGUCAAGUAUAAAUCUUACAUGUAAUUCUGUAGCAAACAGACGUCCUUUAAAUCUAUUUUGCCUGUUUCUAAGAGAAAUAUUGAACACGUUUUAACACAUUUUAAUACGUUUUAACACUGUGCAUAUGUAAUUAUUUAUAUGUUAUAAGCAAUGAAAUAUACUUUGCAUCUCAUAAAUAUCUCACAUUGUUAAACAAACUUCUUAAUCAACAUUUGUUUUUCCUGUAACAUUUUGCUUUGUUCAUUUGCAUAUUGCUUCUUCUGUUCUUUAAAACAGCAUUAUAGUUCUUAGGUUAUUUUUCAUAUAGUCAAGCCGUCAUGUUAUAAUGAGCCCAGGUAUUGGAAUAAAUUGUAUUCU